GCACAUCAAUUGUUACCCAUCGGCCUUCUCGCCAUCAAAUUCUAUCCGUUUCUAGGGUUAGGGUUUCCUUCAUCCCCAAAAUUUCCCAGGCUUUCUGAAUUCCGGCCGAUCAAUACACCAUGUCUUCAUCAUCUAAGGUUAUUGUUUUGAAAAGUUCCGAUGGAGAAACCUUCGAGGUUGAAGAAGCGGUGGCGUUGGAGUCACAGACGAUUAAGCAUAUGAUUGAAGAUGACUGUGCCGACACUAGUAUCCCUCUUCCCAACGUCACAAGCAAGAUCCUGUCAAAGGUUAUUGAGUACUGUAAGAAGCAUGUGGAGACACCGAAGACCGACGAUAAGGCAGCUGAGGACGAUCUGAAAUCGUUUGAUGCCGAGUUUGUUAAAGUGGAUCAGGGGACUCUAUUCGAUCUCAUUUUGGCUGCUAACUAUCUGAACAUAAAGAGCUUGUUGGAUCUGACAUGCCAAACAGUUGCAGACAUGAUAAAGGGAAAGACACCUGAAGAGAUCCGCAAAACAUUCAACAUCAAGAAUGAUUUCACCCCUGAAGAAGAGGAAGAGGUUCGUAGAGAGAAUGCAUGGGCAUUUGAGUAAUAAUUUUAAUAAUAAUGAAUGGUAGUAGUAAAAGUAGUAUAUAACGUUGGGUUGGGUUCUUUUUGCUUUUGUUUAGAAAAGAUUCAGAACAUCCUUAAUGUGGUCUGUUUGAAUUCUGCUGUUUUUCUUGUCUUAUCUUUCUUUCUGCCACUUUGUUUGGAGGAUAUGAAACUUGGUUUCUUAAUUUUUAUGGUGGGAUGCUUUUUCUUUC